AUGGCGACGCCGUUUCAUUUCCAACCGUUACCGAUUCCUUUGCAAUCACCGCCUCCGGCUGGAAACGACUCAUUGUGGCCGACAACCCAGCAGCAGCAGACUCAGGCAGCUUCACCUCCCUCCACACAGCCUCCCUCAACCGCGCCUGCAGCUCCCCCAUCGUCCUCCGCGCCUUUCUCUGCGCCGUUGUCCGCUGCGCCUUCCGCUGCACCGCUGUUCCCCGCGCCUGCCGCUGCGCCCUUGUCUGCCGUCCCUUCCGCUGCGCCGAUGUUACCCGCACCGCAUGCUGCAGGGCCUGGGUCGUCGCAGGCUCUUAUGGAUGCUCUGAAUCUUCUACAGCAGAAUAUCGGCGCGCUGCGGUCGCUGAUUCCGCUGAUGUCGCAGCAGCCACCGAUCUCCACCACGCCGGAUCAACUCCAGCAGCAGCAGGCUGCAGCAUCCGUCGGCGUCGCCUCAGUGAUUUCACAACUCGCCGUCGCCGCUGCCAACAUUCUCCCGCAAGCCGGACUCUCCCUUCCCAUCAACCCGGCCUUUGCGCGAUGCGGCGGUUUCGCGCCCUCCCCGCUUCUGGCGCCUGACAACGCGGGGCCCUCUAAUCCUUUCUCGGUUUCUGCUUAUGACGGUACAAAUCAACGACCCAUGGUGCAGCAGCAACUGCAGCAGCCGCAGCAGCAGCCGCAGCAACCAGAACAACAGCAGCCGCCGCAGCAGCAACAGCAGUCACCAGCAGCGCAGGUGGUGAACGAGCCAUGGCGACCAGCGGCAUUGAUUGAGCAAUGCGCUGCUGCCGCUCCCGAACCUAAGCUCUUUGGAAAACCUCUUCUCCCUCAGAAGCGAAAGGUCGAGGAAGUUGCAUGUGACGCCGCUGACGGAGAAGACGGACUUCUUGUCGCGGCGAAGAAAGUAACUCCCGCGCCGACUUCCAAGGUUCCUGGUGCUCUUAACGGGUGUGCGUUUAUGGCGGAUGCGGGUUUGGACGAGGAGAACGACGAGGAUUCGCCGCUUCCGGAGGGAACGUUCGACAUUAUCGAGAUGGACCCUGUGGAGCUGCUGGCGGAGCACACGCACUUCUGCGAGAUCUGCGGCAAAGGAUUCAAGCGUGACGCCAAUCUGCGCAUGCACAUGAGGGGCCAUGGUGACGCGUACAAAACUCCCGAGGCGCUUGCAAGGCCAGGCAAGCAGUCUCCACAAGCUGCCGGGCAGCCCCUCAAAAGGUUCAGCUGCCCGUUUGUCGGGUGCAAGCGCAACCAGCAGCACCGGGCGUUCGUGCCGCUGAAGACGAUGCUGUGUGUGAAGAACCACUACCGCCGCACCCACUGCCCCAAGAUGCUCGCCUGCUCCAAGUGCGGUGCAAAGCGCGGUUCUCGGUGGUGGCGGACCUCAAGACCCACGAGAAGCACUGCGGGCGCGACCGCUGGCUGUGCUCCUGCGGCACGUCCUUCAGCCGCAAGGACAAGCUGCUCGGCCACCUCGCCCUCUUCAAGGGCCACCGCCCCGCCAACCCCUCCCUCACUGCUGCCGACGACGGCCCUGCAGGCGCCAUCGCUGAUGGUACAGGAGGUGAAGCUCCUGCGAUCGCUGGGCCUUCAGUGCCUGCUCCUCCUCAG